UUCAUUUGACGGUUCUACUUACAACAGUUCACACGGCAGGUUAUGAUACCGAGUUUGGAAAAUUUGAUAAAGUUGUUCUGGCAAAGUGAUAAAAUCAUCCUGUCAGUUGAAGAUGAAGGCUGUGUUGCUAAGUUUUCUGUUUCUGUCGAUUGUCGUCUGCAAAGCUGCGAAGUUUCCUUUCCACUUAAAGGACGAACAAGAUUGUUCGUUUUGUGAAAGUAUGCAUCGGCUAGGGGACUGCAUCUGCGACGAUGUGAAUUGGUGUCGUGGCGUACAAUGCAAUGUUGCGGCAAAGUGUGAUGAAAAAUGUCGUACAGAUGAAACCCCGCCAUCAGUGAUACAGGAACCUGAAAUAGUUCCAGUCACUGCAGCCUCUGUUGGAAACGAUUCAGAGCAAGAUUGCUCGUUUUGUGAAAAUAUGCAUCUGCUAGGGAAAUGCAACUGCGACGAUGUGAAUUGGUGCCGUGACGUACAAUGCAAUGUACCGGCAAAGUGUGAUGAAGAAUGUCAUCCGGAGUAAUGCAGUUUGAGGAAGUCAUUGUCGGUCAGAUUAAUGAUCCUGAACAGUUUCGUUCGGAACAUGCGUGAAGAAGUGAUGUCAAAUAUCAACUUCAAUUUUUUGCAAUUUUUAGAUUGAAUGCUAGAAAGCACGAGCCUCUUCUAUGUCAACAACAACAAAAAUACACGAAAGACAAUAAAUACAACGACAACAACAGUAACAGCAGUGAAAACAAAAACAACGACAGUACAACUAUUUUAUGCAUGGCCGGUAGAAUUAUAUUAAUUGUAUGAAUUGAAUAAAGAUGAAAAACAUUCAGUAAACUGA